AGGAGCCAUGGGGGCUAAGCAGCGCGGCUUGGAGACGCGGGGGGCGCGGGGCCCGCCGCCACCGGGGAAGAGGGCGCGUGGUGAAGCACCGCCACUCUCUCCCCGCGCGCGGGGAAGAGGCGGCGGGGGCGCGGGCGGCGCAGAGGAGUACGUGGUGGGGCAGGUGGCGGGCAGCCUUUGGCCCGACGCGGCCCCUGACGCGCCGCUCGCGCGCCUCUUCAGCUGCUCCGCUGCCGGCGUCGCGCCGGCGCUGGUGCCCGUGACGGGGGAAAACAAGAAAAGAAAGUGGACAGAAGUGGAGAAAGUGGCAGAAGACCAGAGUUCAUCUGUCAUACAGGAACCUCCUAUAAAACCAAAGAAAGUCAGAAAGAAUGAACUUUCAAAAGCAGAGAAAGAACUAUCAAACAGAGAGAGCACUUUGGUGCAGGCAGAUGAAAAGGAGAAAGAAAAACUGUUUCAAAACAAAGCAAAGCCAAGAAAAAGUGCUUCUCAUGCCAUCACCAGACGUGUUGUUAAUUCAGAUAAAGGCACUACUGCGAAACAAAAAAAGGGGGAAAAGGUGAUCGACGAAACGGUAGGCAGAAGAACAGUGUUUGUUGGAAACCUGCCUGUCAGCUGUACUCGUCAGGCACUGAAAUCUCUUUUUAAGGAGUAUGGACGAAUAAAAUCUGUUCGGUUCCGGUCUUUGGUUCCAGCAGAAGCUACUUUAUCCAAAAAGUUGGCAGCAAUAAAGAAUAAAGUGCACCCUAAUGCGAAGUUCAUUAAUGCUUAUGUUGUAUUUGAGGAAGAAUGUGAUGCUGUUGAGGCUCUUAAGGAAAAUGGACGAGAAAUUGCUAGUGGAUUUCACAUCAGAGUUGACAUCGCAUCAAAAAGCAGUUUGCAUGACAAUAAAAGGUCAAUAUUCUUGGGAAAUCUCUCAUAUGACAUCAGUGACGAUGCUGUGCGAGAACACUUUUCUGUCUGUGGAGGUGUAGUAGGAGUGCGAAUUGUGAGAGACAGAAAGACUGGCUUGGGUAAAGGCUUUGGCUACGUUCUCUUUGAGAAUACAGAGACUGUACAUGUUGCUUUGAAGCUCAACAAGUCUAACCUUAUGGGAAGAAAGAUGGGAGUAAAGCGCUGUGGAGAGAAGCGGAAAGCACCAUGGAAAAGUGCAGAUCAGUCUCAUCCUCGGAAUAGAGCUAAUAACACAUUAAAAAACAGAAGCUGCUCUGAUGAAAAAGCAAUCCCAUUAAAGAAGAACAGAAAACAAAAAGUACUAAAAACUAUUCCUAGAAAUAGAGCAGUGAAGAAAACAGGACAGUCUUUUGAUGAAAAGAGCUAUAACUGUGUUUAUUAUUGUUAUAAAGAGUGAUGUAUACAAACCGUUCUGCCAUAAAUUUUGUUUGCUAAUACAGCUGUAGUUGUUUGUAUUCACUCUGGGGCUUUCAUCUUUUUCUGGACAGUGGAUAGAGGAGGUAUGUGUCUGUACCUCAGUCAGUGCAGACACUGCAUGGUCU